AUGAAGCUGAUCGGUGGUUGUCUCCUGGCAUUGGCCCUGCUUGGCUGUCUGACUGACGCUCAAGUUUUCAAGUCUCAGCAGUCCCAGCAGCCCCAAAAGCCCCAGCAGCCUCAGAAGCCUCAACAGCCUCAACAGCCCCAGCCUCCCAGAUAUACACCACCACAACAAUCUCAAAAGCCACAGAAUCCAAACCAAAAGUACCAGCCCCAGCAGCCUAAGCAGACAGACGUAUUUCACUCCUGUGAUGUGAGUGAACAGUACAAGAUACAAUGUGGGGCUCCCGGCAUUUCUGGCCAAGAGUGUGAAGCUAUAAACUGCUGCUUUGAUGGACGCACCUGCUAUUAUGGCAAAAGUGUGACUCUUCAGUGCACCAAAGACGGCCAGAUGAUUGUGGUGGUGGCCAGAGAUGCCACCCUUCCCAACCUCGACUUGGAGACAAUUAGUUUCCUUGGAGAUGCUCAAAACUGCAGUCCUGUUGGUACCACUUCAGCUUUUGCGAUCUAUCAGUUCCCUGUCACAGCCUGCGGAACAACCAUGAUGGAGGAGCCUGGUGUUGUCAUCUAUGAGAACAGGAUGUCCUCCGCGUAUGAAGUUGCUAUUGCAUCUAGAGGAAUUAUCACCAGAGACAGCAGCUUUGAGCUACUAGUCCAGUGUAGAUAUAUUGGAACCUCAAUUGAGCCUCUGAUCAUUGAGGUUGGCCUGGUUCCUCCACCACCUCCAGUUGCAGCUCCUGGACCUCUGCGUGUGGAGCUCAGACUGGGCAAUGGACAGUGUUUGACCAAGGGCUGUGUGGAAGAGGAGGUGGCCUACUCCUCUUAUUACAUGGAUAGCGACUACCCUGUCACAAAGGUGCUCCGGGAUCCAGUGUACGUUGAGGUCAGAAUCCUAGAGAGGUCUGAUCCCAACCUGGUCUUGACUCUUGGAAGGUGCUGGACAACCACUGACCCCUAUCCUCACAGUCUUCCUCAGUGGGACUUGCUUAUUGAUGGUUGCCCCUACCGCGAUGAUCGAUACCAGACCUCCCUAGUGCCAGUGGGUGCCACACCAGACAUUCCGUGCCCAACCCACUACAGGCGUUUUAUUUUCAAGAUGUUCACUUUUGUAGCUGGUGGUGCUUCCAAUCCUGGCAAGGGAGGAGCUGCAGAUCCAGGGAGUUUUACUCCUCUCAAGGAAAAGGUGUAUAUACACUGUGAUGCAGCUGUGUGCCAACCCUCUCUUGGAAAUAAUUGUGAACCUAGAUGUUUCAGAAAGAAGAGAGACAUUUCUGCUGUCUACAUGAGCAGGACAGAGGCCACUGUGGUUACAAGCCAGGAGAUUCAAUUCAUUGACCCUGCUCAGUAACAACAUCCAGACAGAACUUUCUGGCAUGAAAUCUCUGUUCCCAAUGCUUUGUAGAAAGUGCUUUGUGAAAGAGUUCCAAAUAAAGUUGCAUGUUGCUGAAC